AUGGCCAGAAUCUGCACAGAUUGCUCAGAUGAAUUUGCUCAGCCUCCAAAGGGAGAUAUGUCAAUGGAAGUGCGCAACCAAAAUAUUUACCCAAGAUGCUGGAUGGUGGAAAUGAAUAUUGAAGAAGCUUUUGGCUCUGGCUGCCAUCAGGGUGAGAAUUUAUUUUUACUUUCACAGAUUAAGCUGCCACCAAUGAUGGAAAUCAUAACAGCUGAACAGCUGAUGGAAUACUUAGGAGACUAUAUUCUUGAUGCAAAACCUAAAGAGAUAUCUGAAAUUCAGCGUCUAAAUUAUGAGCAGAAUAUGAGUGAUGCAAUGGCAAUUCUACAUAAGUUACAGACGGGUCUGGAUGUCAAUGUGAAGUUUACAGGUGUACGAGUAUUUGAAUAUACACCGGAAUGCAUAGUGUUUGAUCUUCUUGAUAUCCCCUUGUACCAUGGAUGGUUAGUGGACCCUCAGGUUGCUGACAUAGUAAAAGCAGUUGGUAACUGCAGUUAUAAUCAGCUAGUGGAGAAGAUAAUUUCUUGUAAACAGUCGGACAACAGUGAACUGGUUAGUGAAGGAUUUGUAGCUGAGCAAUUUCUAAAUAACACAGCUACACAGUUGACAUACCAUGGACUGUGUGAGUUGACUUCAGCUGUCCAGGAGGGAGAGCUUUGUGUGUUCUUCAGGAACAACCAUUUUAGUACAAUGACCAAAUACAAGGGUCAACUUUACCUGCUGGUGACAGACCAGGGUUUUCUUACAGAAGAGAAAGUUGUCUGGGAAAGCUUACACAAUGUGGAUGGUGAUGGAAAUUUCUGUGAUUCUGAAUUCCACCUACGGCCUCCAUCAGACCCUGAAACUGUCUACAGAGGGCAGCAGGAUCAAAUAGAUCAAGAUUAUCUGAUGGCAUUGUCUCUACAACAAGAGCAGCAAAAUCAAGAAAUUAACUGGGAACAGAUCCCAGAAGGAAUCAGCGAUCUAGAGCUAGCAAAGAAGCUCCAGGAAGAGGAGGACAGGAGAGCUUCUCAGUACUAUCAGGAACAAGAACAAGCAGCUGUUCAGGUCCAGCAGGUGCAAGGUGCUGCUUCUCCAGCAAGUGGAAGACAAUCUGGGAGUAAUGAACGCAAACGUAAAGAGCCUCGAGAGAAAGAGAGAGAAAAAGAGAAGAAUAGCUGUGUUCUCUUGUAAUAGAAAAUGGAUUUAGUCUGGAGCCAAGUGCAUGUCCUCAGAAGCAAAAACAAGGAGUAAAAUGGAAGACAAACCCGUUACAUGCCGCCUGUGCCUGAUUACCCCAUGGAUUUUGUUCAUGUUUCAAGAGAGGAUGGGUGACUUUGUUACAAUCAUAGAGACUUUCUUCAAAGUCAUAGUGUGUGCUGCUCAAGAUGGAAUUCCAAAUCACAGUUGGAUGUGGCUGUGCUUUGAGUUAGUCAUAAAAAAUACUGCACCUUGUAGCUGAACACACAAAUCAUGGCAAGUUUUGUGUCACAGUGACAUCCAUUACUCAUUACAUCAGUUAGUAAGCUAUUAUCUUCUACUCUAAACAAAGGAGGUAAUUCGUUUUGUGUAAGACUUUCUCCUGAAGUCUGUACACUAGCACAACAGAAUUGUGUUACAUGGUAUGAAACUGUAUCUUAGGCUGGGUAUAGUCUUCAGGAUACAAGAGCCCAAAUAACAGCUGGGCACUGCCUCCUCAAUCUGUCCAGAUUUCUUUGCUUCUGGAUCUGGUAUGUUUGGUUUAUUGAACCCAGAUUUAUACUGUGUUAUUGCUAUCAUUGCACCUCCUGGCCAGCUUUCUUGCCCCAAGAAUACAUGACUUGAUAGGCAUCAUACAAAAAAUUGUCAUAGAAAAUGGGGCAUUUAUUAACAAGCAAGAUAAGUAUCGUUUGCUUUUCUUGCAGUUACAAACUGGGUAUGGCAACUCAGAUGUUAUCAGGGUUAAACAAGUAAUUUUAUAGAUAACUUUUUUCUUUUAGUAUUUUUUUCUCUUGUAGGUAAACUGGACCAGAUAAAUUCUUAUUUAUUGACCUCUCCAUAUGAUAGGUGAAUGAUGAGAGGAAACUAAGGUCUAUAAUAAUCAUUAUUCUAUGUAAGAAUGCAGAGUUAAAAUAACUAUCUAUCUGCCUUUUUUCCAGAAGUACCUUGAACUUUAAAAUGACGUUAACAUGUCCACUUGUGUAUUUAAGCAAGUGUACUGUAGUUAAAAACACACUUUUUGUUUGUUUUAUAAAUCAUGUAUCCUUAAAAGCACACUUCUGAAGGGGGAGAGAGGGGCUAGGCUGCUCUCUGAGAUUGUUUGGAAAGGUGGUCAGGUGUAAGAUUUUGUUUUUUAAAUCACUAAUUUAGAAUUUUUGGAAACCAGAUUUUUCUAAUUUAUGAGAACCAAAUAAACAUGUUGUGUCUUGUAGUAUUUAUAGAAUACAGAAACACAAUACUUGCUGACUUUUGAGGGAACCACAAAUCUUCCUCCACUUCCAUUACAUCAAUAACAAUUACCUUCUUGCUGAACCUUUUUGAUAAAAAUUUCUAUUUAGCAUUUUGUAGAUACUUUUGAAAAAGGCUGCUUCUCCUGGACAAGUUAUGUAUUCAUACUCUAAGCCUGGGUAAGUGCAUUAGUAUACAAUAAUCUGGGAAAGCUAAGGCAGCCAGGUGGA